AUGGCUCUCUCUUCCACAUUUUGGCGCCUAAAUCUUCUCUCUAAACCCUCAGUUUCACACAUCCAAACCUCUCUCAUAACUCUAAAACCCUUCUUCAACCCCAAGCCAAGGCCCAUCUCUUCCCUCCCCAUGUCUUCUCAACUAAAGAACCCAACUUUUUAGAAAUCUCGAUCUCCCUAUCCCCAACACGCCCUCGUUGUUCUGGGCAUCGAGACCAGCUGUGACGACACCGCCGCUGCUGUCGUGAAAAGCAAUGGUGAAAUUCUCAGCCAAGUUAUUUCUUCUCAGGCAGAUUUGCUUGCUCAAUUUGGAGGUGUUGCGCCAAAAAUGGCAGAAGAAGCACACUUGCAAGUGAUUGAUCGGGUUGUGCAAAAGGAAGCACUCGACAGAGCUAAUUUAACUGAAAGAGAUUUGUCUGCAGUAGCUGUUACCAUUGGUCCCGGUUUAAGCCUUUGUCUUGGUGUUGGUGUGCGGAAAGCUCGUACAAUUGCUGGUACUUUUACCUUACCAAUUAUUGGUGUUCAUCACAUGGAGGCUCAUGCUCUUGUAGCCAGAUUAACUGAACAGGAACUACAAUUUCCUUUUAUGGCCCUGCUUAUUUCAGGAGGACACAAUGUACUCAUUCUUGCUCGUGAUCUUGGUCAUUACAUACAACUAGGGACCACGAUAGAUGAUGCUAUUGGUGAGGCAUAUGGUAAGAUAGCAAAAUGGCUUGGUCUUGACUUGAGGAGUAGUGGUGGCCCAGCUAUAGAAGAGCUUGCCCGAGAAGGUGAUGCAAAAUCAAUCAAAUUCUCGACUCCAAUGAAACAACAUAAAGAUUGCAACUUCUCAUAUGCUGGUCUGAAGACUCAAGUGAGGCUGGCAAUUGAAUCCACAAAUAUUAAUGCUACAAUUCCUCUUUCUUCAGCAACUAGCGAAGAUAGAAGAUCUCGAGCUGAUAUUGCUGCCUCUUUUCAGCGAGUUGCGGUGUUACAUCUAGAAGAAAGGUGCGAACGAGCAAUUGAAUGGGCUUUGAAGAUCGAACCUUCUAUAAAACAUAUGGUUGUAUCUGGUGGUGUUGCAUCAAAUCAAUAUGUUCGGGCUCGACUUGAUCAGGUUGUCAAGAAAAACAACUUACAACUUGUCUGCCCUCGUCCCAAGCUUUGUACAGACAAUGGUGUAAUGGUCGCAUGGACUGGCAUUGAGAACUUCUGUAUGGGAAGAUUUGAUCCACCACCACCUGCAGAUGAACCUGAAGAUAUUGAGUUUGAUCUGAGGCCUAGAUGGCCAUUGGGGGAAGAAUACGCUGAGGGAAGGAGUGAAGCUCGGUUGAUGAGAACAGCCCGCAUUCAUCCCUCACUGACAUCUCUUGUCCAAGCAUCUUUGCAACAGCAACUAUAGUCUGCAUCUCCCAAUUCUCCAGCCACUUGAUGAAGUUCUGUUCUUGGUGUAAAGUUAAGUUAUAGAUAUGGGAAAAUCUUUGGCUUAGCGCGGAACUUUCUGUUGAUGAAGAGAAUAUUGAUCACCACCAGAAUGGUAAUGGUCAAACAACUGACUAUUGGGAUCAAGCAACAAUUGCUGGCGCGUUUUGAGCUAUAGAUGUUGCGAUUCAUACCAGACAAUCUGGUCCUCAAAACCUUGCGAGAACAUAAGUUUAUGUAUAUGCAAGAUUUUUUCGAAAUAAAUCCUAUUCAUUUUUGUACAUGUCAUUAACAAGGUGCUUGAUAUUCUUUCUCGGGUUAGUGGAACGGAUUAGAGGUCUGUUGUAACAUUUUUAGAAGAUGGUUGU